AUGGACUCCCCUCACGAGGACGACCAUUCGGCCAAGGCCAUGACCGACUACCUGCAGCAGCUCCCAGCCCAACACCUCGAGCCACUAUGGUCCCAGAUGAACGUGAUGGUGCCACCAACGCCACAGCCGGUCGCACGGCCACACAUCUGGAAGUACGCCGACAACCUCCCUCUCCUCCACAAGGCCGCCGAGAUGGUGGGCGAGAAGCAGGCUGAGAGGAGAGUUCUGAUGCUGGUCAACCCUACCAUGCAAUCACCUUACACCACUGACACCAUCUACGGUGGUCUUCAAAUCGUCAAUCCUGGAGAAACCGCACCAGCCCACCGACACAUUGCAUUCGCCCUCAGAUUCAUCAUUGAUGGAGAGGGCUUCACUGCCGUCGAGGGAAGGAAGAUGCCUCUUAGGAGAGGUGAUGUCGUCGUCACGCCCGUCUGGCAUUGGCACGACCACGGCAACGAGAGUGAUGCCCCCGUCAUCUGGCUGGACGCUCUCAACCUUCCACUAUUCAGAUUCACUCCCGUUCACUUCGCGGAACAGUAUCACGAGAGCCGUUACCCUAGCGUUUUGACUGAAGACUGCGAAUGGAGGCAUCCAUGGGACAAGGUCGAGGUCGAGCUCAAGGCCCAAGAGGGUCCUCACGCCGUCUACCACUACACCAGCAACGGAAAGCCACUAUCCCCCAUUCUCGGCGCCCAAGCUGAGCGCAUCGAUGGCCACCACACGACGAAAGAGGUGCGCGAGCAGGCCUCGUUCCUCUACCACUGCUACGAGGGCCAAGGACAGACCAUUGUUGAGCCGCCAUCAGGUCCCCGGGUCAUCUUCAAGUGGUCUUCGAGGGAUACGUUCGCCGUGCCUGCGUGGUCCAAGAUCCAACACAUCAACGACCUUUCCACAACGGCGUACCUGGUUGCUGUGAGUGAUAGGCCGCUGUUGAGUAGUAUUGGCUUGAUCAAGCCGGAACCUUCGGUGUAA